UUACCUCACACCAAGCAGGGAAGAAGUGUUGCAGCUGUGUGUGUGUCUCUUCGCGUAAAGGGUGGAUUGUGUGUUCCGGGAACCACACAAGCUGCAAGCUGAGGGCUACGUGAGCUAAGCGCAAAUUUUGCUUCUUAUUUUUCGCAAUUUCUAAUCUGCAAACAACAAACCCGCUGGGUGGUAAUGGGGUGCCAGUCUGAUGUGUGUGUCAUGCAAUGCCACUUUUUGCAGCAUUCGAUACCGUAUCACACACCGGUUUGGUAGCGAUUUCGCGAACACUGUCCGUGCCGUACCAUUAUCUGCAUAACCGUUUUACGUGAUUACCUGGUCCAUUAAUUCCCUGCAAAAAUUGCAAAAUGUCUUUCCGUGCUUUAACUUCACCGGUAGUACGUCGCUUCCUCGGAGCAAAUAAUCGUAAGGUUGUGUCACAACGGUUCGCCUCAACACGCGAUAGCUACUCGGAUCUGCGCGGAUUUACAAUGACCGAUGUGAAGAAGAAUCCUGCUGUUGUGCCGUUGGUGGUCAUCAUGGCAACGGCUGUUAUUGGAUGUUCGGGCUUCAUAAUUUACGCUAGCCUCACCCGUAUGGAUGUGAGCUUAAAUAAAAAAAUAUUCCCGCAUGAUACUAUGGACGUUAUGAAUCCACAGAAAAAGAAGAUUUUUGUGUUCAACCAAAAGUACGACCCCAAUCCGGAACUGAACCAAGCCCUUAGCUACCGCGAGGAGUACGAAAAAUUGGACAAAUAAAUAGAUCUAUAACACGCCCCCAAACCAACCGCUCGGAUCGGACACCAUCGCUAACGACCUCCUUCAUCCCACGGGACGCGAUGAACAGAAGGAAUGUGUACACGCAUAUGAAUAAAUAUAACUAAUCGAUCCGUCGUUACCCAUCGGGGAAUGUUAUUCCACUUGGCACUUCCCUCUGCUGUCGCUGUUGUUUGUCGCUGUUGUUGAGUGUAGCAAAUAUCGUAGAACCACUUGAAAAAGUUUAAUUGUUUCAGCAGUGAUGCAUUUGCAUUUAGAACGUUUUGCAUCGCCGUUUGUGCAUGUGCUUGCGCUCGCACAUUUGCUAGCGUUUAUCAGCAUCGUGCGGUUAAAGAAAAACUCCGUCACAUAAAUACACACAAUAAAUACUAUUCGAUGUUUCAACCCUACCA